GAGGCUUCAGCUUUGUGUUUCCAAGUAGAAGCACUUUUAUUUAAUAGCCACCCUUUUGUGUACUUGAAGUUGAAUCCACAAGUAGAUAAACUCAAGGAGCCAGUCAGAAAAUUCACUGCUUAGGUAACCAAAACCAUCCAUUUCAUUUCUAUAACGCUGCUUAUGCAUAAAAAAAACUAGAAACUUAUCCAACCACGCAUCAAUAAUCAAACCCCAGUGGUCUAUAGUAUAUAGUUAAUUAACAUAGUCACACAUAAGUACAAUACAACCUUAGUUGCAAUACCCUUUCAUUGUGCAUCCUAUUUACCAAGAAAGAAGCACACAUGGGAGGUUGUUUUUCUUCUAAACCAUCCUCCACAAUCAACAACGUUCGUUUGGUUCAUCUGAGUGGCUAUGUGGAGGAUUUUGAGAAUCCAAUUUCAGUGAGCCAAGUCACAGGCACCCCUUCAAAGCACUUUGUUUGUACCUCGGUUCAGCUUCUUUCGUCUUGCUCAAAACCAUUGAAUGGAGACACACAACUCCAACCUGGGAAUGUGUACUUCAUGCUACCUUAUUCAAUCCUUCAAACUGAUGUUUCUCCUGUGGACUUGGCUUCCCUUGCAAAGAGGCUCACUGCAAUAGCCAAAACUAGCAGGAGGCUUGAUGGCAAAAAGUCUUCCCUCAAAGAUGGUUCUUUUUCAAGCAAUGUUUGGAGUUCACCUUCAAGGAGUCCUGGUAGGCUUGGUGUGGUGGAGCAAAUUGGCAUGCCGUAUGGAGGGCGAAGCCCGUGUCGAGUGCGGCCGUGGAAGCCUAUCUUGGACACAAUCAGAGAGAAGUCUUUCAAUCGAAGAAGUGAGUCAGAUUUGCAAGAACAUAAUUGAUGUUUGAAAGACCUUGGAUUGAGGUAGCACUAGAAAGGAAGAAGGCAUGUUAGGUGGUUUGAUGUUUUACUAGGGAAAAAAAGUGAAAUUUGAGACAAUUGAUCUUGAAAAUUUCUUGUGUAUAGUUCUUCUAGUUUGUAUUUAUAAAUGUUCCUCAAGGCAUGAUCCAAAUGAUUAAGCACUUGGUAUUUCAGUUUGCAGAUGCCAGGAACAAUCUUUGGUCCAAGCAAUCUAAUGGUUAUUGCAAAUGUGUCUUGUAAUUAAAAUUAAUGAAGCAGUCAGAUCAAGAGAAA